AUGAGUGAGAUCUUACAUAUUAUUUUAAUAGCUUUUGCUAUUAGUUUAUGCUCAAAGGUUAAAACUGACUCCGAUUGUGGUGAACCCUUAUUAGAAAAAGCAGUAUUGAGAGCAACUUCUUCAUUACCAGACAGAGGACCAGAAAAUGCUAUUCUCAAUGGACGUAAUGCAUGGACAGCAUACAGCUCUGAUUUUGCUCAGUAUCUCAUAAUCGAUCUAGGUCAAACCAUGACUGUAACAUCGAUAUUGACCCAAGGUAGAGCAGAAUCUUCAGAAUAUGUAGAAACAUUUGGUAUUAGUUAUGGUUCAAAUGGUCUAGACUAUGCCGAAUACAAAGAAUCAUCAGGAAAUACUAAGUUAUUCAAAGGUAAUAUUAAUGGAGAUGAUUCUGCCAGAAAUAUAUUUGAGGUUCCCAUCAUAGCACAAUGGAUUAGAAUUAAUCCUACUAGAUGGAGAGACAGAAUUUCAUUAAGAUUGGAACUUUAUGGAUGUCCAUACUCAUCAGACAGUCUUUAUUUCAAUGGUACUUCAUUGGUACGUUGGAAUUUGAGAGAUUCUCCUGUUUCUGCUCAUAGAGAGUCAAUAAGAUUUAGGUUCAAAACAAAUGUGGCUGAUGGAGUUUUAUUGUAUGGAAUUGGAUCACAAGGAGACUAUUUAGCUUUACAACUCAAAGAUAAUCGGUUACUAUUAAAUAUAAAUUUAGGAUCUCAAAUCAUGACCAGUCUAUCAGUUGGUAGUCUACUAGAUGAUAACAUCUGGCAUGAAGUCAUAAUAAUGAGAAAUCGACUUGAAGUUGUAUUUUCUGUUGAUCGUGUUACAAUCCAAGGUCGAAUUAAAGGAGAAUUUGAAAGACUUGAUCUUAACCGCGAAAUAUAUAUAGGUGGUGUACCACAUUUAAAUGAAGGACUUUUAAUUAAUACAAAUUUUACUGGAUGUAUUGAAAACUUAUAUAUGAAUUCAACAAACAUGAUAUAUUUAGUUAAAGAGUCGUACAAUUCUGGAGACCCUUGGCUAAUGCAAAAAUAUCAAAAGAUAAAUACAUUAUAUACUUGUUUGGAAUCUCCUAUUGUUCCUGUAACAUUUUUAUCACGUUCAUCAUAUGCAAGAUUAAGAAGUUAUGAAGGACUAAAAAAAAUUAAUAUAUCAUUAUCAUUUCGAACUUAUGAAGAACGAGGGUUAUUAGCCCAUCAUAAAUUUUUAAUAAAUGGAUAUGUAAAGUUAUACUUGGAAAAUGAACGGAUUAAAGUAGAGUUGAUGACCAAAGAUGAUACACGUGUAGUUUUAGACAACUAUGAAGAAAGUUUUAAUGAUGGAAAAUGGCAUAGUGUAAUUUUAAUCCUUAAAGAAAAUUUUUUGGAACUUAAUGUAGAUAAUAGACCUAUGCAGACAAUUAGAAAAUUAGAUUUCUUAACUGGACAAAAUAAUUUUAUUGCCGGAGGUAUUUAUGGUUCAAUUGGAUUUAUUGGAUGUAUGCGUUUAAUUACAAUUGAUGGAAAUUAUAUGUUACCAACUGAUUGGAAACUAGGAGAAGGUUAUUGUUGUGAUAAAGAAGUAUUAUUUGAUGCUUGUCAAAUGAGUGAUCGGUGUAAUCCAAGUCCGUGUAAACAUUCUGGAAUAUGUAGACAAAACUCUGAUGAAUUUUUCUGUGAUUGUGGUAAUACAGGAUAUAGUGGUGCUGUAUGUCAAACACCAUUAAACCCAUUGUCAUGCCUUGCUUUUAAGAAUGUUAAUCCAGUAGGACAGAACCAUGAUAUUAAAAUAGAUGUGGAUGGAAGUGGUCCAUUAAAACCGUUUCCAGUUACAUGUCAAUAUUAUGCUGAUGGACGUAUAGUAACGACAAUUAGACAUCAAAGUGAAAGUGAAUCCACUGUUGAUGGUUUUCAAGAUCCUGGAAGUUUUAGACAAGAUUUCAAUUAUGAUGCAGACUUAUUGCAAAUUGAAGCACUUAUUAAUAGGUCACAUUCAUGUUGGCAACCAUUAAGUUAUUCUUGUAAACAAUCAAGGUUAUUUAAUUCUCCAGUAAAUGGAGAAUUGGAUUUUCGACCUUAUGGAUGGUGGGUAUCAAGACACAAUCAAAAGAUGGACUAUUGGGGUGGUUCAAUUCCAGGAUCACAUAAAUGUCAAUGUGGUAUAACGGGUGGUUGUUAUGAUCCUACUAAAUGGUGCAAUUGUGAUUCGGGUCUUGAUAGUUGGCACUCAGACGGUGGUGAUAUAAGAGAAAAAGAGCAUCUACCAAUAAAACAAGUUAGAUUUGGAGACACAGGUACGCCGUUGGAUGAAAAAGAAGGAAGGUUUAAAGUUGGACCGUUAAUGUGUGAAGGCGACGAACUAUUUAACAAUGUUGUAACAUUCCGCAAACUUGACUCACAAAUUCGUUUACCAACAUUUGAUUUUGGACAAAAUGGUGACAUUUAUUUUGAGUUUAAAACAACUAUUGAGAAUGCCAUUAUUUUUGAAAGUCACGGACCUAAAGAUUUUAUAAAAUUAUCACUUAUAAGUGGUCACUCUUUACAAUUCAGUUACCAAGCUGGUAGUGGACCAUUAAAUGUUCGUGUGGAAACUUCUGACAAACUAAAUGAUGAUAGAUGGCAUUCAGUUGUAAUUGAAAGAAAUAGAAAAGAAAGUAGAAUUAUUGUAAAUGGAGCCUUAAAACAGUCAGUAAGAGAACCUCCUGGUCCUGUGCGUGCAAUACACUUGACGUCUGAAUUAGUCAUUGGUUCAUCUACUGACGAACAAAAUGGUUUUAUUGGUUGCAUUAGAGCAUUUAUGUUAAAUGGACAACUUGUAGAUUUAAAAUCAUAUGCUGAAAAGCAGUUAUAUGGUAUUUCUCCUGGAUGUAUUGGUAAAUGUGAUAGUAAUCCUUGUCUUAAUAAUGGAACAUGUUUUGAAAAAUAUGAUGGUUACACUUGUGACUGUCGAUGGACUGCAUUUAAAGGACCGAUUUGUGCAGAUGAAAUUGGUGUAAAUCUUAAGGCAAAUUCAAUGAUAAGGUAUGAUUUUGAAGGAAUAUGGAGAUCGACAAUAUCUGAAAACAUUAGAGUAGGUUUUACAACUACUAAUCCAAAAGGGUUCCUACUAGGACUUUUUUCAAAUAUCUCAAAAGAAUACAUGACAAUUAUGGUAUCUAAUAGUGGUCACUUACGGGUUGUAUUUGAUUUUGGAUUUGAACGUCAAGAAUUAAUAUUUCCAGAUCAACAUUUUGGUCUUGGACAAUACCAUGAUCUCAGAAUUAGAAGAAAAAAUUCUGGUUCUACUUUAAUCAUGGAGGUUGAUGGAUCAGAUCCUAAAGAAUUUCAUUUCGAUAUUAAAGAAUCUACUGAUGCACAAUUUAACAAUAUUCAACAUAUGUACAUUGGCCGUAAUUCAUCCAUGACUGAAGGUUUUGUUGGUUGUAUUUCGCGUGUAGAAUUUGAUGAUAUUUAUCCACUGAAAUUAUUAUUCCAACAAGAUGGACCUCCCAAUGUCAGUGGAAUGAAUACAACGAUAAAAGAAGAUUUUUGUGGUGUUGAACCAGUCACACAUCCACCACCUAUUGUAGAGACUAGACCUCCUCCUAUAUUAGAUGAAAAUAAAGUAAAGGCUGCAUACAAUGAGACUAAUUCUGCUUUAAUUGGUGGAAUAUUUUCGAUAAUUUUGAUAGUAAUCCUGAUACUCGCAUUUUUGGUUGGUCGAUAUGUGGCUCGUCAUAAAGGUGAUUAUAUUACACAAGAAGAUCGAGGAGCUGAUAUUGCAUUAGAUCCUGAUGAUGCUGUCAUACAUUCGACCACUGGACACCAAGUACAGAAAAAACGAGAAUGGUUUAUUUAAUUAAGUUUUUUAAUAUUAUUAUUAUUAUUAUUAUUAUUUAAUCCAAUGAUUAUUUUUUAAAU